CAAACGCGCUUCUCUUUUAAUCUCCAACCAUUUUCAAAAAAUUAGGGUUUUGCCUAAUCUCAGACAAACUCCAGCAGUCCAGCUACAGCUCCUUAAAAAAAAAAAAAUCUCAGCUUUAGGGUUCGCGACUUCAAAUUUCAAAGGGGACCGACCAAUCGAUGUCUCUGACGCCAAACCCUAGUCGAAAGCUAGGGUUUUCCUUAGCUCCUUCGCCUUCUCCAUUCUGGACUGUGAGAUCGGAGAAGAGGUCGGCGGAUUUGAGAUGGGCUGAUGGAGGAAGCUCCGCCAAUGGCCGCCAUGAAAAGGAUCGAGAGGCCAGCGUUCAGGUUAUACUGAGAUGCAGGCCAUUGAGUGAUGAAGAAAAUAGAGUUAAUGUUCAGAAGGUGCUAUCAUGCAAUGAACAAAGGAAGGAGGUUGUUGUUCUGCUAAAUAAACAAGCAGAGAAGACAUUUACCUUCGACAAGGUAUUUGGUCCUAAAGCACUACAACGUUCAAUAUAUGACCAUGCAGUAUCACCUAUUGUCAAAGAUGUACUAGAAGGUUUCAAUUGCACAGUAUUUGCUUAUGGACAGACAGGCACAGGGAAAACAUACACUAUGGAAGGUGGAAUGAAUUCAAAGGGUGGAGAAUUAUCUGUUGAGGCUGGUGUAAUUCCAAGAGCCAUCCACCAUAUUUUUGAUACACUAGAAGCAAGAAAGGCUGACUACAGUGUGAAAGUGACUUUCUUGGAGCUGUACAAUGAAGAAAUAAUCGAUCUGUUUGCUUUGGAAGACCACAAUAGAUAUGUGGAAGAUAAAAUGAAGAAACCAAUUUCUUUAAUGGAAGAUGGAAAAGGUGGUGCGGUUAUAAGAGGUUUAGUGGAGGAGGUUGUCUAUAGUGCAAAUGAAAUUUAUAAUCUAUUACAACGGGGUUCGGCUAAGAGGCGGACUGCAGAUACUAUUCUAAACAAGCAGAGUAGCCGUUCACAUUCAGUCUUUUCUAUUACCAUCAAUGUGAAAGAAGCAAUUAUAGGAAAUGACGAGCUCAUAAAAUGUGGUAGGCUAAACCUUGUUGACCUGGCAGGCUCAGAGAAUAUAUCUCGAUCAGGAGCAAGAGAGAGUCAAGUCAGGGAAGCAGGAGAAGUGAACAAGAGUUUACUUACCCUUGGUCGUGUUGUAACAGCAUUGGUGGAGCAUUCUGGUCAUAUACCUUACAGGGACAGUAAGCUGACAAGACUAUUGCGAGAAUCAUUGGGAGGAAAAGCAAAAACUUGCAUCAUAGCUACAGUAUCUCCAUCUAGGCAUUGUGUAGAAGAAACUUUGAGCACACUUGAGUUUGCGUGUCGUGCUAAGAGCAUAAAGAACAAGCCAGAGGUGAAUCAAAAGUUAUCCAAGUCUGUGCUCCUCAAGGAUUUGUACCUGCAGAUAGAAAAAAUAAAACAAGAUGUAAGAGCUGCAAGAGAAAAGAAUGGAGUUUAUAUUCCCUAUGAGAGAUUUGCUCAGGAUGAGACAGAAAAGAAGGCAAUGAGUGACAGAUUAAGCGAGUUGGAGCUAGAUCUUGAUCUACAAAUAAAGGAAGCCAGUAAAUAUAAAGAACUCUACCAUGCUGAACAAGAACGUAAUUUGGACGUGGAGAGUGAACUUAAAGACUGCAAGACAAGUCUAGAAAACAGUAAGAAGGCCUUUCUGGAUCUUCAAGAAGUUCAAGCGAAAACUGCUGUGGUAUUGAAAGAAAAGGAGUUCAUCAUUUCAAAUUUACUCCAUUCAGAGAAUGCAAUUUUUGAACAGGUGAAGGAGAUUCACAGCAGUUUGGAGAAUGCGUCAGAAGAUGUGUCCUUGCUUUUAACUAAGAUAGAACGGCAAGCAAAUACUGAAACAGGAAACAAAGGGCUGAUUAUGUCUUUUGGUUCUCAGCUUGAUCAGAGUCUAAAAUCCUUACACAAAACUGUGAUUGGAUCUGUUUGUGAACAGCACCAAAUAUUGAGAUCCAUGGGGGAGCACGUCAGCUCAUUCAUAGCAAAGAAAUGUGAGGUAACUCGAUGCUUGGAAUCAAGGAUUGAGAAAACACAAGAUAUUUAUACUUCAGGAGGAAAAGCCAUUUCAGACUUGGAACAGAUGAACUGUGCAGUAUAUUCUCAGACAAUAGCAGUUGAGAAUUUUCUAGCCACUGCAAUCUCGGAAGCUAAGCAGGUAUUGGAUGAUCUUCAGAGAUCUCUUGCAGAUCAGAAGGAACUACUAGCUUUCUCAGCUCAGCGACAAGAAGAAGGACUGCAGAGGAGCCUCGUCUCAACACAAGCUAUCUCAAAGAUAACACUGGAUUUCUUUAAUGAUCUGCAGAGUCAAGCUUCUAAACUUAUUGCAGUUGCUGAGGAAAAUCAAAUGCAAAAAUCAUGCCAGUUAGAUUAUUUUGAGAAUAAAUUCAAGGAACUAUCUGCCAAAGAAGAAAAAGUAGCCCUUGAGAAAAUUGCUGCAAUAUUAACAAACUUGACGGCCACAAAAUCUAGUCUGGUCGAGGAGGCUGUGAGAAGUAUGACUAACAUGAGCCUUCAUGAAAAGAAGAUGUUACACGAAGAGAUGUCUAAUAUACAUAUCAUUUCGGACAAAGCUAAAAUUGAGUGGAACACACAUAUAAAAAGAUUAGGAAGGCAAUUUCAGGAAGAUGCAUCUUCAGCUACUGAGGCAAGGGUGACAAUGGAAAAUAUCCUCCACACUUGUUCAGAGAAAGUAUAUCAGUCUGCCGAACAUUUGGAGAACGCUGAGUUAUCUAUAGAUCAGUUGAAUAAGGAUUAUGCCGCCGAAAUUGAGUCUUCCGUAGAAACAAGACAUCAGAAGAGCAUCAAUUUGGUAGGAGAACUUAUGUCCACUUUGACUGAUAUGAAGUUUCAGACAGCAACACAUGAUAUGCUGAGAAUUGCAAAGGAUGCACUUUCAGUGGAUCAUGAAGCUACAAGAGAAAUAGGGUCCAUAUCGGCCAUGUGCUCGGGCCAUUUACAAACACUGCAGAGUGACCACACUGAAAACGUAAAGGACAUCAGAAGUUUGGCAGAAAGAUGCCUUGUAAAAGAGUAUCUGGUUGAUCAUCCAACUACAAGAACACCCGUGAAGCAAAUUGAUAUCCCAAGUUUGGCAUCCAUUGAAGCAUUGAGGACGCAUUCAAUUGAUGAACUGGUUAAAGAAAUGAGAUCAGAGAACAGAAUAAGACGGGGUGAACUAGAAGGAAAACAACCAUUUUCUGUACCAUCACAAUUGCCAAGAAAUCCUCUCACGCCCAUCAAUUUUGGAUAAAAUGGAUAGUUUAAGACUUCAUUUCAUGUAGCUCAGAAUAAAAGUUGGUGAGAUGUCAAAGUUAAUGAUCAUUAUGUGCAAUGUCUGCCAGAGGAUUUAGGUUGUAUUGUUACUUUGUAAAACCAAGUCACCAACUUGGUGCAAUAGUGUGGUUAUUCGGUGAUUUUAGCAGAAGAAAGUUACUUGGAAUUUUUGGCAGAUGUACUCAACACUUUCACAAGCUAAAUUAUUGAUCGAAUUUUAGAAUA